AUGGCUUCAAUAAAAGAAAGAGCCGCUGCGCUGAACCUUGCGGAGAAAUUAUGUGUGCGUAAUCAAGCUCCUUGUGUGGCCUCCAAGCCAGUCCAGUCUUGCACCAUGUGGAGCAGCCUUAUCUCCCACCUGAAGUCUACUGUGACUGUGAAGCGCAGACGAGUCCUCUUGAAAUCCCACAGUGACUGUUUCCUUGGCUCAGAGGGUGUGGAUGUACUGGCAGAACACAUUGUUAAAGCGAAGGGCUUUGAGGGUGCCGUCGUGUCUCGGGACAAAGUGGUGUGUGUGUGCCAGGCGCUGUUGGAGUGCGGCGUGUUUGAGGCGGUGGGAACCAAAGUGCUGGGAAAAGACAGGAAACGGGAUGCGUUUCAGGACAGCAAGAGCGCUCUUUACAGGUUUGUAGACACAUCUACUCCUUCAGUAGAUGAGUUGGAAAAAGGUGUGCUUGUGAAUGGGAUCCAAAAGUUCUUCACCUGCGCUCCUUCAGACAGGCAGGAAGAGCAGACCUGUCCCCCUGCAUCGCUUGUUGAGCUGUCCACCCCAGUCCUCUUCACUCAUACUUCCAGCCAGCUAGAUGCUCCCGCCACUAGCAGCCAAUCAUUGGAGCUGCCGAUGAACAGUCUGAGUCCGUGCAGGGUACAGACAGACACGGGUUUACCACAAUCAUUGGUGGAUGAGGUGUGGCAGGAGCAGACCCUGCUCAGGCUGUUAAACCUGGUGGAGCUCCCUGUGCUGGAGGGCGUGCUUCAGUGCAGGCAGAGCCCAUCCUCUCCAUCUCCAGCCAACCUGGCACACAGUAACCCAGAUCUGAUCUACAGCAGCAACCACCUGGACCGACAGAUCCUCAAGGCCUUCCAAGACUCUCAGGAAGAUGAGUGGCUCUGUGCAGCUUUGGACUGUUUGGACUUCCUGCCUGACCAGCCGGUAGUGGAGCUCAGCAGGGAGCUGCCUCAUUGUUUCCCUCAAGAUAAUGAGAGCUGUGACCCAGAACCAGCUGGUCUCAGCGUCCAAGAAAGAGGCAAGUGGUAUGAUGAGUAUCAGAAUCGGGUAAAGCAUGUAAACGCCACUGGUGACAACAGUGCAGAGCACACGCAUCUCUCCCCAAGUGGCUUGGCCCAGUGUAAGCUGCUUCUAUAUGGGACUCUGGUCAAACACUACAGCAUCACAAACAGGCUUCCACUUCUGCCGCAGCACAUGACUGACAUCUACACAGCCAUCACCGAGCUGCUCGUAAAUGCUAAAUUAGAUAAGGCUCUCGAGGCUCUGCAACUGUGUCUGAAGCUGCUGCCGCACAGCUGCAGAGAUGAGCUCCGUAGGCUGCUUAUCUUCGUGUCUCUGGCAGCUGACCCACAUGGGAUUAAAGUGGACAAGGAGAUUGAGAACAGGCUGGCAGUGAAGAGGUCUUUCUCCAGGGCGAUCCUACACAGCAAGGCUCUCUCCAAAGAGAAAGAAGAUCUUAUGUUGGUCUUUAUGCUAAGCAAUGUUAAAGAAAUCUUCAAGAUACCUGGGGCUCUGCACAAAGUAGUGAGUGACAAGCUGGCUUGCCUCGUACAGGGGAAACAGCCGGAUGUGACGGGUUCUACAUUCUGUCAGCAGGUCGACAGGAACACUUUACAAAGCUCUACAAAAACCACCACCAACCAAUUGCUGUGGGACCUCUUAAACAACAUCCACCUGGAUACCAAGAUCUCAGCCAAGGAGAAAAAGCGUCUUCUUAGACAGUUUCACCUUUCCCACCCAGAAAUAUUUAACCAGUACUUUGGUGACUCUGCCUUCAGUGUGCUGUAGAUCUGUGCAGAUUUGUCUCUGCUGUUUUCAUUAGUUAGGGUGUUUUUUGCCUUUUACUCGCUUGUUAUACAAAAGUGAACCAUCUCCACAGAUGCAUUUUUGACUGACAGUAAGUUUGUGUCUGCAUAUCAAAUGUAUAAAUAUUGAAGAAUACUAAAGCAUGUACGUGUAUUUACUAUUGAAUAAAAUGUC